GUCCAGUCUCUAUCUACAGCUCUGGACAGAGUAAUCUAUUCCAUGACAAAAAUAUACAUUUUUUAGGUUUAUUCUGUGUUUACUGUUUACACUUUUUAUAUAUUAUGCAUAAAUGGUGAUGUGUCUUGACUCUUGAUGACGUUUUUAUGUCUCAUCCAAAUUGACCCUGUUGUAAAGUUGCGAUUAUUGUGAGUUUAUUUAUACAAAUCGUCAUUAUUAUAAGGCGCCAUCUAAAUAAAAUGUAUUUUUCUAACAACAUGAUGUGAUAGACAUUUUGGAUUUCUGCUACGAUGGGCACUGAAGGGUUAUAGUGUACAACGUUUAUUUAAAAAUGUAAUUAGUAAUCAACAGUUACGGGUUUGAGAGAGAGAGUGCUAUCAACAGCCAUAGGGAUGAUAAUGGUUAGUGAAACACCGAAUCUGUCUAUCAGUGAAUGUUUUGUUAAUUAGUUGAGAAUCUAGCUAAGAAUCAUAUUUGAAAUGGAUGAUUAUAAUCAUAGGAUCACGGUCAAAUUAGAUGAGGACAUUAAGGAUGUAGAAGAGCAGCUUUCUGAAAUCUCAAAGAAAAAAUCAAGAUCUAAUGCCAUUGAAAAAUCUACUGACGUUCCUUGUCCAACAACCCACCACGAUCGUCAAACUACAACCAAUGGAGAUGCAUAUAAAUUUAAAGUUGACGAGCUCAGCAUUAAAAUUGAAGUAGAAGAAGAAAAUGAACAGUCGGAAUGGCAACAAAAUACAAUCGAUGGGAAUGCAUACAAGUUUGGAGAAAUAUGCAAAGAAACGUUGGUCAAAGUUGAAGUAGACAAUGUACAUGGAAAUAUUUUUGAAUCCGUAAUAGAGACUGAAAAAAAUUGGCUUUUGGAUGUCCCAGCAACCACCAACAAUUUGAACGAAAUAAAGUCAUUUAUCUGCGAAUUUUGUAAAAAGACUUUUAAAACAAAAAAGAAAGUGGCCCAACACAUAUCUCAAUCACACUCCCAAAUCCAUAAGAAUUUGUCAUCUAAAUCCAAGAUCACACAACACCGACGACGCCUGCACACUGCUAAAAAGCCUCUUAAAUGUGACUUAUGCCUAAAGUCCUUUUCUGUAAAAUCCCACCUCACAGAACAUAAACAAUUGCACACUAGUAAGAAGCCCUACAAAUGUGACUUAUGCCUUAAGUCCUUUACUUUAAAACACCACCUCACACAACACAAACGUGUUCACACUGGUGAAAAGCCCUACAAAUGUGAUGUGUGUUCAAAGUCUUUUUCUGAUGGAUCAUCUUUUAUAAGACAUACACGCUUGCAUACUGGCAUAAAACCGUACAAAUGUGAUGUGUGUUUAAAGUGUUUUAAUGAAAGCGGCCACCUCAAUACACACAAGCGCGUGCACACUGGUGAAAAGCCCUACAAAUGUGACGUGUGCUCCAAGUCAUAUUCUCAUUUAUCGACACUCACAAAACACAAACGCGUGCACACUGGAGAAAAAAACUACAAAUGUGACGUAUGUUCCAAGUCUUUUUCUGGAAAACCUCAGCUCACACAACACGUACGCGUGCACACUGGUGUAAAGCCCUACAAAUGCGAUCUGUGCUUAAAGUCAUUUGCUCAGUUGUCGGCACUUACUAUACAUAAACGAGUGCACACUGGUGAAAAGCCCUACAAAUGUGAUGUGUGUUUAAAGUGUUUUUCUGAAAAAGGCCACCUCAACACUCACAAGCGCGUGCACACUGGAGAAAAGCCCUACAAGUGUGACAUGUGCUCCAAGUCAUUUUCUGUAAGUAACAACUUAACAAAGCACAAGCGCUUGCACACCGGUGAAAAACCAUAUAAAUGUGAUGUCUGUUUAAAGUCAUUUCAUGAAAAAAGCGAUUUGAUAAAACAUAUACGAGUGCACACUGGAGAAAAGCCCUACAAGUGUGAUGUAUGCUCGAAGUCAUUUUCUGAAAAUCCCCAACUCACACAACACUUACGCGUGCACACCGGUGAAAAGCCAUAUAAAUGUGAAGUUUGCUCUAUGUGUUUUUCUUCUAAAAGCAAUCUAGUAAAACACAAACGCGUACACACCGGUGAAAAGCCAUAUAAAUGUGAAGUUUGCUCCAUGUGUUUUUCUUCUAAAAACAACCUAAUAGUACACAAACGAGUGCACACUGGAGAAAAGCUCUUCAAAUGUGAUGUAUGCUUAAAGUUAUUUGCUCAAAAAUCCGACCUCAUCAGACAUAAAUACAUGCACACAGGUGAAAAGCUGUACAAAUGUGCAGUGUGCUUAAAGUCAUUUACUCGACACUCAACGCUGAGAUUACACAAAUGUACAAGCAAGUGAAUAAUGUUUUUGUGAUGUGUGUGUUAGGCUACAACAGCAGAUACACACUUGCUAGAAGCUCAGUCAGUAAGAUAAAAUAUUUUAUUUAUGUGUAAAAACUGAUUAACUACACAGCAUUAUUAUUUUUUUUUUUUUUUUGUGAUUGUUUGAAAUGUAUUAUUUAUAUUUUCAAGUUAUAUUAUAAUUUGACAUUUUUUAAAUAUUUGUAUUUCUGUUUUAAUAUUGUUUUUUAAUGUUUUAAUUUGUUAUAAAAAAUUUAACUAUUUGUUAUGUAGCAUUAACAUUGGUAUUAUGUUGAUGUGACAACGUCUUAAUUUACAGGCUUACCGCCCUACACCCGCAAAUAGUAAGCGUUAAGAAAUUUUUUUGUGGUUCUUGGCAAAUUAAUGAUGGUAGAUUUGAGAUUCUGGUAACUUUAGCUACCUUAAGUCUAAGGUAAAUGCCACAAUGUUAAAAUUGUUUGCUAUCGGUCUAUUUAGGGAGUGAAAUUGGUGGAAAUGUGUUUAUUAUGCAGCAAAAUUCUACUUGAUUGUAAUAUUUAAUAAAAUAGUUAUAAUUGUAAUUUAAUCUACUUAUCAUAGAGUUCAAUAUAGGUAAUUUUUUACAUGUAUUUUAUCUACUUUUUAGGAUGCCAGCUAAUACUUUCAGAUUAUAUACAAUUUAAUUUUUAUUUUUAACAAAAUUUAUGUACACUGUAUUAGCAAAUUGAAAAAAAU